AUGUCCAUUUCAAGCAUUAAGCGAUUAGCACCACAGACGACUUCUUUGUUUGUUUGUGAUAUUCAAGAACGUUUUAAAGGCCUUAUUUGGCAGUAUCCUUCUGUUAUUUCUGUUGCUGGGAAAAUGAUAAAAGCAAGCAAACUCUUGGACAUACCUGUUGUCGUCACUGAACAGUAUCCCAAAGCAUUUGGAAAAACGGUGUCCGAAUUAGAUAUAUCUGAUGCAGCCAUUUGUCUCGAAAAGACAAAGUUUAGCAUGUAUGUACCUAAAGUAGCUGAUUUCUUAAAGGAGAACAAUACAAAAUCGGUUAUUUUGUUAGGCAUCGAGAGCCAUGUCUGUGUACUUCAAACUGCUCUUGAAUUGCUUGAGAAUAACUAUGACGUUCAUGUUUUGGCUGAUGGUGUCUCAUCACAAAACUACCCCGAGAUAGACAUUGCUAUUGCUCGCAUGAGAUCUGCUGGUGCCACAAUUACUACAUCAGAAUCCAUUCUCUUCCAAUUACUCCAAGAUGCCAAACACGAUAAAUUCAAGGGCAUUAGUGCUUUGAUUAAGGAAUACAUGGAAGCUACCAAAGUGAAUAAGCUCUUAUACAGAUCUUCCUCCAACCUUUAA